AUGGACGGUGACCAAGGUGAUCUGACUCCAUUCUCCAUCUCUGUCAGCGACGAACAGCUGAAAGUUUUAAAAGCAAAGUUGGAAGGCGCUAUAAUCGCCCGGGACACCGAUGGAAAAGGCGGAGAAUGCGGUGUUCCACCAGACAAAAUCAGCCAGCUCGUCAGAUACUGGAUUAACGGAUUCGAUUGGCGGGCUAAAGAAAAUGAACUCAACAGAUUCCCUCAAUACCGACGGAAGAUCCAGGUCAGUGGGCCCGGACUGUAUCUUGAGGGCACCAAGGUGCUCGAAAUGCUGACUUCCAAGGACGGUAGCGGCCCCGCAUUCGACGUGGUAGUGCCUUCGCUCCCGAAUUUUGGCUUCUCGUCGGCCGUGCAAAAGAAAGGAUUUGGGAUCAAAAAAUACGCGGAAGUCUGUCAUAAGCUUAUGAUCAGCCUCGGAUACGACGAGUACGUCACCCAUGGCGGCGAUUGGGGUUAUUUCAUCACUCGGAUGAUGGGUCGAUUAUACCCGUCUCACUGCAAAGCAUCGCAUGUGACUUCAGCGCCAUUUGGACCGCCCUCAUUUCGACAGAAUCCACUGCUUUAUCUCCAGGAUCUUGUGACGACAAAGUCGGCUGCCGAUUUACGGGCAUUGGAGAAGGCGAAAGAGUACAAUGAAACACAGCUGGGGUACCUAACGCUACAAUGUUCCAAGCCCCUGUCUCUAGGCUACGCCCUUGCAGACAGUCCAGUCGCCCUGCUUGGAUGGAUUGUCGAAAAGCUCUACACUUGGUCUGACAACUAUCCCUGGACAGACGAAGAGCUGAUAACUUGGAUUUCAAUAUACUGGUUUUCAACUGCUGGCCCGGAAGCAAAUGUCCGCAUCUACUAUGAAUUUGCACAUGAUCCAGAUCCCGAUGUUGAAACCGUGCGAACAGGCCGGGUAUCUACUGUCAAGUAUGCCGUGGCACACUUCCCUGGGGAAAUCAUCAGAUGUCCAAAACUAUGGUCCCAUCAGAUGGGAAAUGUCAUUCACCAAUCAGAUGGAGAUACUGGAGGUCACUUCCCUGGUUGGGAGAAUCCUCAGUUUCUGGCAAACGAUCUGAAGACGAUAUUUAGGAAAGGUGGUGUUGCAUAUGGAGCCGUUCGUGGAAGGACUGGCUACUGA